AUGGCUUUCGUCACCGUCGCAGCGGCGACGCUGCCCAGUGUUCCCUUGGACUUCCAGGGGAAUCGUGACAGGAUCAUCGAGUCCAUUCGCAUCGCCAAGGCAAAAGGUGCCACCCUUCGCACGGGGCCCGAGCUCGAGAUUCCCGGCUAUUCUUGUUUGGAUCACCAUCUGGAGGGGGAUACCGUCUUCCACUCCUGGGAGGUCUUGGCGGAAAUCAUCAGCGAUGAGGCUUGCAAGGGAAUGCUCGUUGAUGUCGGCAUGGGCUGCCGCCACCGAAACGUCUUGUACAACUGCCGGGUCCUGUGCACGUAUAAGCGCAUCUUGUUCAUUCGGUACUCUCCGCUUCCUCUUCGCUUCCUCGUCCAACUGUUGAUCCUAGCUAACGGCCACAGACCCAAAAUGUCCCUCGCAAACGAUGGGCUCUAUCGAGAGGCCCGUCACUUUACCGCCUGGGUCAAGAAGAUGCAAACGGAAACGUACUAUCUGGAAAGCGUCAUCGAAAAGGUUACCGGCCAGCACACCGUUCCCAUCGGUGACGCCAUCCUGUCCACUCUCGACACGGCCGUCGGCUGCGAGACGUGCGAGGAAAUGUUUACGCCCAGCAGCCCGUCCACCUACAUGUCCCUCAACGGGUGCGAGAUCAUUCUCAACAGCAGCGCCUCGCACGCUGAGCUGCGAAAGUUAAGGACGCGAAUAGAGCUCAUUGCCAAUUCGACGAGAAAGACGGGAGGUUGCUACGUCUAUGCCAACGCCACCGGCAUCGACGGUGAGGCCCGGAUGAUGUUUGAUGGAUCCUCCAUGGUUUUGUUGAACGGCAACGUGCUGGAACAAGGUCCUCAGUUCUCCCUCAGUCCUGUUCACGUCAUGACGGCAACGUUCGACAUUGAAGAGAUUCGAAGCUUCCGCUGUAGCAUGUCUCGGAACGUUCAAGGUGCUGCGCAGCCCGAUUAUCCUCGCGUCGAGUUUGACAUGCGAUUGUCACGUCCCGUCAACGACGUCUUCCUGCUGGACACGAUUCGAAUCUCUCGUCCCAUGCAGCCCCGCAUCCUCGAUCCCAUGUCGGAAAUCUGGAUGAGCACCAGCGUUUUCCUCUGGCAGUGUGAGCCAUCGCAGCAACAUGACCUCGUGAGAACAAACUCGGCCGGUUUCUUCCUCAGUCUCUCGGGAGGACUCGACAGCGCGACGGUGGCACUCUUCGUGUACGGCAUGGCCAAAAUGGUCCUGGCGUCGAUUGAGGCCGGAGAGGAAACGACGUUGGCGGAUCUGCGACGCGUGACAGGAGUCCGUGACUUUCGUCCCGAAACGCCGCAUGAGAUUGUCAACCGAUUGCUGACGACGUGCUAUACGUCAACCGUCAACUCGUCCAACGAGACCCGAUCUCGCGCGGAGAGGCUCUCGGAAAAGCUGGGCGCGUGGCAUCUGAGCAUUCCGAUCGACAACAUCGUCGAGUCCUAUCACUCCCUCAUCAAAACAGCACUACACUUCACGCCGCACUACGCCGUCGAAGGCGGGACGCAAGCGGAGAAUCUCGCCUUGCAAAACCUACAGGCGAGGAACCGCAUGGUGGUGCAGUACACACUCGCGCAGCUCGUCACGACAGCGCGAAAACUUCCGAGGGCCGGGUCGGCACUGCUCGUCCUCACCAGCGGCAACGUAGACGAAGCUUUGCGUGGCUAUGUGACAAAGUACGACGCCAGCAGCGGAGACAUCGCGCCCCUCGGCAGCAUCUCCAAAAACGACGCGAAACAAUUUCAGGCGUGGGCGCGAGAGCAAUGGAGUCUACCCAUGUUGACGGUAUGCGUCCCAGGUCCUGUCCCUCUCGACCGACAGGGACACUUCGCUCACUUCCAGCAGGAGUUUCUUGAAGCUACGCCAUCGGCCGAGCUGCUGCCGCUCUCGGCCGGAGUGCAGGACGACGAAUCCGAGUCCGAGAUGGGCUUGACGUAUGACGAGCUCUCCAUGUUCGGCAUACUGCGCAAGGUGGAGAAGCUGGGCCCGUGGUCCUGCUACCUGCGCCUUCUGGGACUCUGGAAGGACAAGGAGGGCAUGACGCCAGUGAAGAUUGCGGAAAAGUGCAUGCGAUUCUUCAGGCACUAUUCCAUGCAACGCCACAAAUCAACCAUAUUAACGCCUUCGGUUCAUCUUUCGGCGUACAAUCCCGACGACAACAGGGCGGACCUGCGGCCGUUCUUGUACGUUGUUAACUGGCCAUUCCAGUUCGGCAAGAUUCGGGAACACGCCGAGGAGCUAGAGCGAAUGUUGAAGAAGAAGGUAUAG